AGCCGGGCUCAGGCAACAUGUACUACAAGUUUAGCGGCUUCACGCAGAAGUUGGCUGGAGCUUGGGCCUCGGAAGCCUAUAGUCUGUGGGGGUUAAAGCCAGUGGUUUCCACAGAAGUACUGCCUAUCAUAUUUGCCACACCGACUAAGCUGUCCCCCAGUGUGACAGCAUAUGACUAUGCUGGGAAGAACAAAGUUCCAGAGCUUCAGAAAUUCUUCCAGUGUGCCAUCCACCUGAAAUGAGGUGCUGACUCUGUGGGAGGGCCAUCCUACUGCCUGAUUGCCAUCUACAUGGCUUCCCAACCCAAAAAUAAAUGA